GUAAAAGACUGUUUUAGUCAUAAGAACUCAUUUUAAAUAUUGUUCGGUAAUUUAAUAUUCAAAUAAAGAUAUUUUCAGUUAUUAAUUAAGUGAACUAGUUAGUGUUUCACAGUCUAUUCGGCAUUUUUCCUUGUCAAAAGGGAUAAUACUUGUCAACAUGAAUAAUUUAGACAAUAUUGAUGAAUUACAUAAAAACUUGGAUACGAAUAUCUCAUAUGGUAUAAGUGGUCUUCUCAAUGAAUUAUCAGAAGAUGCAGAGGAUAAACAUACAGAUUCAAACCAGUACGAUUACCCAAAACAUAUAAGUAAUACUUUAUUGGCUGAUAAAGAAAUAAAUAGCUGUAGUUUAAAAAGAAAACAGAGAAGAUAUAGAACGACUUUCUCCAAUUAUCAACUGGAAGAGCUAGAGCGCGCAUUUCACAAAACUCAUUACCCCGAUGUUUUUUUUCGUGAAGAGCUAGCUUUAAAAAUAGAUCUUACUGAGGCUCGAGUACAAGUAUGGUUUCAGAAUAGGAGAGCGAAAUGGCGAAAGCAGGAAAAGUGUUUGUCUAAGUCUCUUGAAUAUAUGCAAAACAAUAGGGGAAGUGCAAUGCACAUUUCGGAUUAUCAGCAGACAAUGGACAAUAAUUCAGUACCAAACUUUACAUCAUCAGAAAAUGGAGUAAACGGCCAAAAUUUAUUCGUGGCAUUGGAGUGGCAAAAUGUAGUGCAGCCGAUCUGCUUUUCGAAUUCUGCAGAAGUUUCUUAUAAUAAUCCCAAUCAACUGGAAAGACACGGUAUAUUAAGUGAAUACGGAGCUGGCCAAAUGUCUAAUUCACCUGAAGAGAAUGCGCUCAAAAAAAGUUCAGUAGAUGCCAGCAGUCUCACUCUUUCAAUAGAAAAUUGUCUAGAAUGUACUCAUUCGCUUGAUAGUACUCAAUUUUCAUGUAAAAAAUGUCAAUCAGAUUCUUCAACCCAAGAGGAUUACAUUCUAAAUAAAAAGGAUUGGAACAACUUAUCUAAAAGUAACCAAGACGUCUCUGGGAGCACUUUGCCACUAGAAAAUAAUUAUGGGAUACAAAAUUGUUCAAUCACAAACCGUAUUAUUUCAAUCGAAGAAACUAUAGAAGAUUCUAUCGAAAAUACAAGAAAUGUUUUGUUAAGCGAAAUGGAGGAGGGUUGUAUGGCUUUAGGUAUUUCUGAGUAUAUAAAAAAUAAUGAAGAAAUUUCAAUCGAUUCAGAUUUGCUUACUUUAAAACCUAGGUUUAAACACAUUGAUUGUGAAACAUUAGUGGAGUAGGUGCUUACAUUUUUCUUUUAAGUUUAAUAAAAGGUACAUGCUUUUACGCCCAAAUAGCGAAAUAUUUCUUUCACAGUGAAUGACAAUUAAUAAGUGAUAUUGAUGCUUCUUUCUAAAUCUUAAUAUUUUUUUCUGCCUCAUAAUAUACUUAACUACUAUUACCUUGCGAUGCUAUAUAUACUUGUUAAAAAAAUAUAUUUAAAGUAAAAAUUAAAAAAAAUGAGAUUUUACGAAAUAAAAGGGUGGCAAAUAAAAAUAGGCUAAAAUUUCAAGUCAGGGGCUUCCAAGGGUCCAAAAACGCCAGUAGUAACAGAGUGGAGUGGGUAAAACAAAAAAGACAAUCAGAGUGAGUGCCACCUUAUUUUGAGCCUUGUGUAAUGGAGCACCUCUUACGGUUGAGUACGGUCUCGUCUAUAAUACCCUGAAACAAAGGCAGCAAAACCAAUGCGGCAAAAAUAACAUUAACAAUUAGCUCCGACUAUAAAAUUUAUUAACCCGGUAUUAUGUUAUAUGGAAAACUUAGUAUUAUAUACAAAUAAAAAUCACUAUAACCACAAACAGUGAAAGCCGGUUUAUUUCAUUAUCAUUUCAUUCUCAUGACUGAAAUAAUCUUAAAAGAAAAAUGGAAAAGUACUUCAAAUUACAACAAAAAUAGUGGCGUUACCAAAAAAUACCUCGUAUAAUACAUAUAUACUCAGUUUCCGCCGAUAAACUCUACCUAAAAUGUUAUUUCUUUGUACAAAAAAUAUAAGUUUCUUGAUCAACAAAAAAAUGUCAUAAACCGGCUGAUUUUUAACUAUAGAUUGUCUCUUAAUAAUGUGCCGUAAUUAUGACUGGACCGAUAAACGUUUUAUAAAGAAGUUACUAGCAGUAUCUUUGUCAUCGUCGAAUCCGUUGGAUGUACCUAACCUUGGACCACCAAAUGAGGGGGCUUAGGAAAUACCACAACCUUCCUAGGGUUUCUGGGAUGGUUAGUUAAGCCAGAAGCUAACUAAUGAGGAUCAGAUGGUAGGACUCAUUAGCCGAUAUAGUAGAGCAGUUAUCCUCGACUAAAGAAAGCUCAACCUGAUGUGGCGCAUACAAGCAACCCAACACAAGUCACACGAUAUAACUGCGUUGCUCCAGUACUGAAAAAGCAGAGAGAGGAAAGAAGAGAGUAGGCCUAAGUCACAAAAGCAAGAAAGAACUUGGAUGCCACAUGUUUUGUCAAGAUGUCAGCGCUGGAGGACUGCAUUGGGAUUUAUAGAAAAUCAUAGUUACACAAAAAUUACUCCUGAACAGUGCUACAAUCGAAUAAGAAUUUGUAUUUCACAGUGUUUGCAUUUCACCAAUGAGUAUUUUCAAGAUAAAUUCAAAAAUCGUCUUCAAUAUGAUGCUGUUCCAACAUUACAGCUAAAUAAUGGAGGUGAUGGCGGAAGUGGCUCUUCUACAAAUCCCAAUGGCUCUAAACCAAUAACAGUGGGUGCAUCUAUUCAAACGGAUUUUAAAAUUAAAAUUGAAAAAAGAGAAUCUAGUACGCAAACAACCUCUUCACUUUUUUCCUCAACUCCUAGAAAAACUGCAUUGGAAAAGAAAAUAAAAGCCAUGGAAUAGGCAGCAGAGGUUUUACAGCUAAAAGGCAGCUAGAAACCAACAUUACAACGGAGGAAAUUUAAUUUUUUUUUUAAAGUAAUUGUCCUGAACAACUUUUGCAAACUUUGCUGUCUUGCAAAGUUUUGAAAGCCCAGCUAAAUUUAUUAAAUAAAUCUCAAAAGGCUCUGGAUAUUCCGACGAAUAUAAACAGUUUGCUUUAAGUAUUUAUUUAUUGGGGCUGAAAGCAUAUAUAAAAAUGUCAACUUUUAUUAGAUUGCCAUCAAAGUCGACACUUACUAGGAAAUGGACAAUCUUACCUGGGAUUAAUGAAGUUAUAUUUCGUUGAAUAGAAAUGAGGGCAAGACUCUUAGGAGAAAG